AUGGCCAAGGGGAAACAGACACCUCAGGAUGCAGGGGGCACUGAAGCCAUCUGGGCAGGCAGCCCUAUGGGGGCCAACAUGAUCUCCUUGAGGGACAUGAAGGCCAUGGAGGCUAGAGGUCAUGAGGGCAAGGAGAGCUGUCAGUGUGACCCUGUCACUGCUACCCAGUGUGCCCUGGACUUCUGACCACCCAAGGAGCAGCUGCCAGCUGUGGUAGCUUAGAAACUGAGCCAACUCAGGAGGGUAACCCUGACUGAUUCAAGCCUGUAGGAGCUGCAGGAGAAUAUGAAGAAGGGUUACUGCCAGCUGCCCAUUGCUAGGGAUAGCAUCCACUUCCUGGCCCCUUCGGAGGGUGAGGCCAAGCAUGAGGCUACACUGUUGCAGCCUGGCAGGGUUGGUGCGGACGUGGAGUGGAAGAGAUCUUCAUUUGCUGUGCUGGGCCAGUCUCAUGCAUACUUUCUGCAAGUGGCUGAGGAAUGUGUUCUCCUGUGGACGGUGGGAGAUCUGAAGAGACUAGGCAAUGUCUGUCCUGCCUUGACUGGUGCAGAACAGCAGACUCUGAGCACUGUAGACCUGCUGCUGGUGCACAAGCAGGAUAGCAUCUAUGCUUCCCCAAACCUGAAGCCCUCUCCUUGCUGCCAAACCUCCCAAAAAGCUGGUCUGAACCUCCGGGUACACCAAGUACUGGGCAAGCCCUUGAGCAAGACACAACAGCUCUCCAACUGGUACCAAUGACCACAUUGUGAGGAGGAGCUUGUCUACGUGGCUACAGAUGCCUCCUGCUCAGUGGAGGUGCACCAAAUCCUAUGCAGAAAGCCUGCCCACUUCUGCCACCCAGGGAACCUGGGCAGGAAACAGAAGUCCAGACACAGGGAGAGACCAGAAUCACGGGAGUCCAUGCUUCAGGUGGCUGCAACCCUCCCCAGGAAGGUGACUCAUGGCCAGGGCUUUCUGCAGGUAUCUGUGGCCCCCAGGGAAGUUGCUCUCUCCAAGGUCCCUGCCAGAGCCUUCCAUGUAGUACGUGACAGGAUGCUCUGGGGGCUUGCACGGAGCCUUGCUGUCUUGCUCUGUGCCCAAGUUGGGGCUGGUCGCUGCCUCUCUGUAAACAAUACCCUCAAGGCCCAACAGCAAGCCAAAGACAUGCUCAGGCACUUCAGCAAACAAGUCAUUCAUGCAGGUAUCUUCAGCUGCUGCCAGGCCUGUAACAGUGACCGAUACCUUAAGGUCUCCAGAGAGUCGAUGGGGCAAUUGAUACAGCUCAGUGGUGGGCAGGAGGGCUGGAGCAGAAAAGCUACACUGACCAAUGGCACACCACUGCAGCUGGAAGGGGUCCUAUCUGGCCUGGUAAAGAAGCCUUAGCUGCAACAUUUCUACUGUUUUUAGCAAUGUGGCAAGAUUUUCUGGAAUAGUUCCCACCUGGGCCUCCUAAUCGCACACUUCCCUGAGGUCCUGGAGGCCCCCAGCUGCUGUGGGCCAAGCCAAGCCCCCAACUCAACCAGUAGCCCUUUUUGA